AUGUCCAUCACCCGCCAGCGUCUCAACGCCUACAAAGAACAACACUACCGGUCUUCUCUGAGCUUGUUCCUGGCUGCGUAUCUCUUCAAGCAGACCUUCUCAGUGCCCGGUUCCGCGGCCAUGAAUAUCUUGGCUGGAAUUCUGUGGGGGUUUUGGCCCGGACUAGUUAUAGUGUGCUGUACUACCACAUGUGGUGCGUGCUUGUGCUAUUUCCUGUCGAAGGCGAUGUUGGGUCGCUUUGUGCGCGAAUACUUCCCGCAUUG